AUGGCAUUACAUGAUAUGCAAUACCUGCGCAACUAUGCAUGGAUCGUUCGAUGCACAACGGCGCAGCAAUACCUCUCACGCAUGUUAAUCGCGCGAUAUCAAGAUGUUGGUAUGAGGACAAUUACGUCAGAACAACUGAACUCGGGGGCUUUGGCCUCUAAGCCUUUGGUUGUCAUCGGGCCAUUGAUAAGAGGCGCUAAUAGGAAGUCAAACUCCGGCAUAUUGACACGAGCAUUGGAUGUAGGUGUAACCUCUCAGGAACCAUCUGAAGAAUCGAAAGAAUCAUUUCCAGAUUGGGACAAUGUUCCUGGUUUGUUUUUGACAGCUUUGCCACUUCGGCACUUUUAUUGCAAAAGCAAGGAUUCGAACGACUGA